AUGGACAACUGCCAGAAUAAAUGCUGUGAUGUGGAGCUUCUCAUUGAAGAAGCAGCCAAAAUGGAGAAGAUCAAAAUUUCUGCACAUCAUGUCCAUCUACGGGUGUGCGGGGAGCCCCUGGGCAUGGUGAUGGAGUUCAUGGCCAGCGGCUCCCUGGAGAAGAUGGUGCCCACACACAGCCUCUCCCGGCAGCCCAAGUUCCACAUCACCCCUGAGACCAGCCUGACCAUGAGCUUUCGCCAUAGCAUCAAGCCACCCCUGCUCUACUGGGACCUCAAGCCAGGCAACCUCCUUCCGGAUAGCAACAUGCAAGUGGCUUCCUCCCAGAUUUCGGACUUUGGCCUGUCCAAGUGGAUGGAACAGUCCAUCCAGAUGCAGUACACGGAGGGGUCAGCAUCUGUGGGGCCGUCAGCUACAGCCCCCCCUGAGAUGUCCUUGGAAGGUAACAAGGCCGUAGGACCUAAGUACGAUGUGUACAGCUUUGGGAUCGUCAUCGGGGAACUCCUCACUCAGAAGAAACCAUAUUCAGGCAGGAGACAGUGGGGCAGCCACAUCACAGUUGAUUGAGACAGACUGCUGCUGCCCCUGUUCCAGGGUCCUGUGGCAGACCCCAAGAGCGAGCUGGCCAGGACGGUGCCCUGCCAGCUUCUCCCCCAGCCUGGGGAGGUCAGUGAUGAGGUCAGCCAAGAGCUAACAGACAGGGCUGACUCCACAGAGCCACAGCUGGAACUGGAGAAUUCCCAGGGAGGAGAAAAUGGACUCAAGCUGCACCCUUUCCACCUCUCCCCUUGGUGCGGGGCACAGGUGAGGCUGCUGCUAGCUCACGGGGGCCACGUGGACGGCCCGAGCGCCUGCGGCUACACGCCCCUCCUCGUCGCCGCGCAGGACCAGCAGCCCAGCCUCUGCGCCCUGCUCCUGCAGCACGGGGCGGAUGCCAAGCUGGCAGAGGAGGACAGCUGGGCCCCGCUGCCCUUUGUAGCCCAGAGCGGUGGUGACAGCCUCGCCCCCCGGGCCCCCUGUGACCCCCCCGGACCACUGGGCCCAUGUGGGUGCCCAGGAGCACGAGGGUGGACCCCGCCCCACCUGGCCACACAGAACACCUCUGAGAAUAUGGCACGGCUUCUGGCCUUCCGUCAAGCUGACCCCAACCUGCGUGAGGCCGAGGGCAGGACCCCUCUGCACAUGGCUGCCUACUUCAGCCACGCCAGCCUGGUCAAGCUGCCGACAGGCCAGGGGGCCGAGCGAGCCCAGCAGAGAAACCUGAGGACGCCUCUGCCCCUGGCGGUGGAGUGAGGCGAAGUGAGGGCCAUCCGGCACCUGCUGAAAAGUGGGGAGGCUCCUGAUGCCCUUGACCAGAAGACAGCAGCCACCAGGGGUAAGUGCCUGGCCUGGGAGGUGCUGCUCAGGGACAGGGCCGGCUUCGAGCUACUGAGCCGACAGGGCUGGACCCACCUCGCGGCCUACAAGGGCCCCUUGGAGGUUGUCCACCUACUGGCAAAGAGCCAGGCAAACGUGGGAGCUCUCGGAGGCAUGAAGGGGACACUGCACCUAGCUGCCCGCCACGGGGAGGAGCUGGUGGCGUUGGUGACGCUGACCCCAGUGUGGCCAAGCGGGGGCUGGACACCCCUCCACCUGGCUGUCCAGAGGGCCGCCUUCCUGAGCAUCCUCAGCCUUCUGGAGCACCACGCAGAUGCCCCUGCCCGCAGCAAGGUGGUGACGCCCGCCCACCUGAAAGCCCUCAAGGGCACGUGGCCAUCCCCAAAGGUUGCUCGCACUGGUGCCUGGCUGGGCAUCCGGGACGGGGCGAGCUGUGCACCCCCACAGCUGGCCCUCUGGAGCCAAAAGCAGAGCACAAUCGCCCUCCUGGUGGGCAAGGAACCGUCCUCGCUGGCCCUUCUGGGUGAUGGUAAGCCAGGAGCCCAGACAGAAAGCCAGACAACGGGGGAGGGGAGCUUCCUGGGAGGCACCACCAUGACGGCAAUCACUGGCCAGCAGCCCCAGGGAGCCCGGGUUUUCCUCUCCUGCCUGGAUGAGCGGGGUCUGCAGACCAAGGCGUGCCAUGUCAUUGUCGUCACCUACGUGACCAGUGUCCCAACCCCCAGCCAGGGCUCUGCUGUGGAGAAUGUGCAGUUUGUGCGGCUGUAG